AUAAACGUUAGCUACACGAGCGGAUGUUCGGUGAAGUUUAUUUUAUAGAUAACUAACAAACUGACAUUAAUACAGAGAAGAGAUUACUUCAGUUUCUUCUGCUGGAUUAAAAAACAUUGAGGAGAGAUAAAGAGGCAGUUCAAAUGGACGGAGGAAAGCCUCAACUAACUUCUGCUAAAAAAGGAGUUGAUGCCACGGUGGAGGACGGAGGUCAAGAGAAGAAGGAAAAUGAACAAAAACAGUCAUGGCCGCGGAUGACUAAGAAGUUCCUGAAGGACCACUGCAAGCAGAACAAGCUUUACUUGACGCCUCGCCUCAAUGACACACUGUUUCUGCAUUUCAAAGGCUUCUCAGCCAUCGAGAACCUGGAGGAGUACACAGGACUCAAGUGUCUCUGGCUGGAGAGCAACGGCCUCCGGUGCAUUGAGAACCUGGACGCCCAGACUGAUCUUCGCUGCCUGUUCCUCCAGCAGAACCUCGUAUUCAAGCUGGAGAACCUCGAGCACCUGAGGAAACUCUGCACCUUGAACGUCUCCAACAACUACAUCCAGAAAAUAGAGAACAUCUCCGGCCUCCAAUGCCUCACCACCCUGCAGAUGGCCCACAACAAGCUGGAGACCCUGUUGGACGUGGAGCACCUGAGUCAGUGUUUGGCGAUUAGUGUGUUAGAUCUGUCUCACAACUUGUUAAAUGACCCCGAGAUCCUCCACGUCUUCGAGGCCAUGCCCGAGCUGCGAGUGUUGAAUCUGAUGGGGAAUGAGGUGGUGAAGAAAAUCCCAAACUACAGGAAGAUGAUGAUCGUGCACCUCAAGCAGCUCACCUUCCUGGAUGAUCGCCCGGUGUUUCCCAAGGACAGGGCAUGUGCAGAGGCAUGGGUGAAGGGAGGGCUGGAAGAGGAGCGCAAAGAGAGGGAGCAAUGGGAAACACGAGAGAGGAGGAAAAUUCAGGACAGCUUGGAUGGCAUGGCGAUGAUUCGGGAGAAAGCUCAGGAGAGACGGCGCCUGCGAGAGCAGCAGGAGAAAGGGGAGACUGAGGUUUCCACUGCUCCUUCUGAGGAAAAUGACCCCCAGUUUUGGACUUCAUCUCAAGUGAAGAUCCAGGCCUUCGUACAGGACAGCUUGGAUGCACAUGAGGAGUUCUUGCAGGGUCAAGCAACACACAGACACAAACCAGAAAGUGAGCAUGAAGAAGCAGAUCAGCCAAGUGAAGGGCUGGAAAAGGAGCAACUAGAGAAAGAUAAUCAGUACAAGAGAGAAGAGAAAGAGGAGCAAGACAUGGCUGCAGAGACUGUGUUGGAGACAGAGAAAGCAGAAGAUCACAAACAACAACAAAACCAGUCACAUGUAAUCCAGCAGGCAAACAUGGGAGAGAAGCAGCAGCCUCUUCUGGUCAGGGCAGCUGCUCCUGAAGCAGAGGAAGUAGCACCAGCACAUGGUCCAGGUCCGUUGGUUACAGAGCUGAAGGACGAAGAGCAGCUGGAAACCAUCCACCUCUCACUGCAUCGCUCACUACACAUAGACGACCUGCCCGAUCUGGAGGACCUGGACGCUGCAGACUUCACUGAAACAUUCUCCUCACAGCAGCUGUUCAAACCGAUAAUAAUAGAGGUCAUAUCAGGAAGCAGCGAUGAGGAUGAGCCCAGAGGAAACCAGAGUGAGAGCAUCACCACCGAAAGUUCAACAUUCACUUUAGUCUCUGAAGAUUCUUCAUCACUGGUAUAUCCAGAGGAUCAAGAUGCCCUCGAGCCACUGAUACCUGAGCCGGUGGGGAAGUCAGAGACCAACCAAGCCUCCUGUCCACCACGCUGCCUGAUUCAGGAGCUCGACUGAUGCUUUCAAGUUUGAAACUAAACAAUCUCACAGGGGUUCUUUAACAUUUUGUUUAUGUGGGUGUUCGCUGUAAAACUUUUUGACCACAGAAUAAACUUUACUAUAAUUGAUCAGUUUUCUUCUUAGCUUUGUACUAUCACAAUGA